AGUAGACAGAUGCCUGUAAGCCCCCAGGAAGCUGUCCUUUUGCUAUCAGUUAGUAUGUGAGAUAGUAGGCUGAGUGACUGAAACAACACCGUAAAGAAAGGAUAAAAAGCAGAAGCAGGAAAGUUUACAUGUGUUUGUGACUGUCAUGUGAAGCGUUAGUUUGUAACAUGACUCAAAGCGUCACAGGCGGAAGGUCACGGAGCAACAGAACGGAACGGAAGCGGGAGUAAAGAGCCUAUCCGCCAUUGUGGAUUAUGGUCGGGGAUAUUCCAGUCACUUUCAGAUUGACUGAUCUAACAAUACUCGCUGACGUGCUGAUUAACGCCUUCUCAUCAGCAGACACAGAGUCGCCUGAAGCAGCUGGAAGAGGCUGGUCGUCGUCAGCUCUUAACCCCGGCAGCGGAAAAACGCCGCCUUGAAAACGUCCACGGAGUGAUUGGACGAGAAGGAGCGACGAACCAGGAAAGCAAGCACCGAAGUGCAGAAACAGAGACGAGCAAGCAGGGGGGGGGAGAGAGAAGCCGCGGACAGUCUGACAAACAGCGAGCAGUUUCGGUUCCUGGAGGAUGUCUGCGACCACAGUCGAUCAGGUUCGUGUAGCUGUGCUGAAAGCUAGCUUUGAAGGCGAAAUAAAACUUUACGGACUGCAGUUUGACGGGUUUGCUGUACCCAAUCAAACAGGCAACAAAGUAUGAUAUGUGGUGGUUGUUAGCUGAAAGGUAGGCCGACUGUACUGCCAACCUACACCGGCUGCAGCCGGUUGCCAAUGCGGCACCGUUUACUGCUUGUCAGAGCGUUUGACAUCCGGUUAGUAAGACGAAGCAACCUGUAAAUGCUAACAUCCGGGCAGAAGCUCUUACUUCGGUGCUAUAUUUGUAGGAUUCAUCCUGCCCUGUUGGUGUGUUUUAAUGUCUCCUGCUGUUAUCUCUUGUUGUUUCAGAGAACCAAAGGACAAGGAAAUAAAGUGCAAAACGGAUCCAUGCAUCAAAAGGAUGGUGUGAAUGAUGAUGAAUUUGAGCCUUAUCUAAGCGGCCAGACAAAUCAGAGUAACAGCUAUCCACCAAUGUCAGAUCCUUACAUGCCCAGCUACUAUGCUCCAUCCAUUGGUUUUCCUUAUUCUCUGGGAGAGGCUGCUUGGUCCACAGCUGGAGAUCCACCCAUGCCCUACCUUACUACCUAUGGACAGAUGAGCAAUGGGGAGCCGCACUUUAUCCCUGAUGGUGUUUUCAGCCAGCCGGGAGCCCUAGGAAACACCCCUCCCUUCCUCGGGCAGCAUGGCUUCAACUUCUUUCCUGGUAGUGCAGACUUUUCUACCUGGGGUACCAGUGUCUCUCAGGGUCAGUCAACUCAGAGCUCAGUCUACAGUAACAGCUAUGGCUACGCCCCCAGCUCAUUGGGUCGGGCAAUAACAGAUGGACAGGCAGGCUUUGGAAGUGACUCCCAGGUCAGUAAGGUCCCAGUGCUGAACAGCAUUGAACAGGGUAUGACUGGGCUAAAACUGGGUGCAGACAUGGUGGCAGCUGUCACUAAAAGCGUUGGCUCCCCAGUAGGAGGCACAGUGGGCAUGAACAGUACGGCAGCCAAUAAUCUCCCUCCAUCUGUCAACUCGUCUGCACCCAAACCCGCCACUUGGGCAGCAAUCGCCAAGAAGCCAGCAAAACCCCAGCCCAAGGUCAAACCCAAAGCCAACAUGGGGAUGGUGGGUGGCGCCACCAUUCCCCCACCCCCUAUUAAGCACAAUAUGAACAUUGGUACCUGGGAUGAUAAGGGCUCUUUAAACAAACCCCAGUUAGCUCAGACUAUGAUGCCCCCGCAACCUUUGGUGCAACCGUCACUCAUAGCUCAGCCCCAGCCCUUACUGCAGAACCCCUUGCCCCCUCAACCUCAACACCAACCCCAGCAUCAACACCAACCCUUCCAACUCCAGUCUAUCCAAUCACCCCAACACCCCCAGCCUCUGCCCCACGGCCCUCCCCACCUACACCUCUCUUCCCAACCUGGUCUCCAACAGCACCUUCAUCAACAACAACCUCAGCAGCUUGGCCCACCCCCCAACCGUUGGGUUGCCCCCAGGAACCGUGGUGAGGGCUUUGGCCUUGGUGGCGGAGUUCCACUGAGUGCCUCCCCUUGCUCCGGAGAAGUUCACCCUGUGCUGGAGAAACUCCGUACUAUCAACAACUACAACCCCAAAGACUUUGACUGGAGCUUGAAAAAUGGACGUGUUUUCAUUAUCAAGAGCUACUCAGAAGAUGACAUCCACCGUUCAAUCAAGUACUCUAUCUGGUGCAGUACAGAACACGGGAACAAGCGCCUGGACAGUGCUUAUCGUUCGCUGUGCAACAAGGGACCCUUAUACCUGUUGUUCAGUGUCAACGGCAGCGGGCACUUCUGCGGCAUGGCCGAGAUGCGCUCGCCAGUGGACUACAACGCCUACGCAGGCGUCUGGUCUCAGGACAAGUGGAAGGGCAAGUUUGAGGUGAAGUGGAUUUUCAUCAAGGAUGUGCCCAACAACCAGCUGCGUCACAUCCGGCUGGAGAACAAUGACAACAAGCCAGUCACCAACUCCAGGGACACUCAGGAAGUGCCUCUGGAGAAGGCCAAACAAGUGCUUAAAGUUAUUGCCACUUACAAGCAUACCACCUCCAUCUUUGAUGACUUUGCACAUUAUGAGAAACGUCAGGAAGAGGAGGAGGCUUUGAGGAAGGAGCGCAGCAGGAAUAAACAGUAACCUUCACGCAAGCCCUCUGCUAGAACCGCAACACUAACGAUGAAGGACCUUAAAUCAGAUUAGCCUAACCCCACGAUGGAGGGACUGUCGCGACCUGUCCUCCCAGGAUGACGAUGUAUCUGAACAGUUGAACGCGACAUUAGGUGGACUCAUCCUGUAUCCGUUGAUUGGUGCAACAGACUCCGUUUUCAUGUCUCUCAAGAAUAAGAGCGAAUCUAUUCGAAACUCUGUCUUUUAAGCACUUUCAGUCCUAAGCAGCGUCUGCCAAUACCCUUAACUAUCUAACUCUGUUUUUUAUUCGUUUUUGUUUGUGAGCUUCUAACAGAUUAACCAGAGAAGUCAUUGAUUUUACUUUGUGUUUUUUAUUUGAAUUUGCCUCAAAAUGUUUGGGAUAUUGGGGAUCUUGAUCUGGCCUUGAAGAGAAUUAAAGCUGUGGAAAAUUGCUCAGUUUGGAAUGAUCCAUCUGAUCCUCCCAGAUUGAGACUACUGAAAAUGACGGGUUUGGGAUGGAAUAAUUGGGAAUCGUACCAAUCAUAGGGUCUAACCUAUCUUUCCCCCUUUCUUUCUGCAUCUUUUUCUGUGUAUGAAAAGCUUAUGAUUAUGCAGCUGGCUGGUGAAAUGCCAGCUUAUGCACCUUUUGUGUUUUCUUACAAUCUUUUUUCUUGUGAUUCUGUCAUUCUGAAGUGCAUUUGUCUGAGGAGGAAAUCCACUGCUUUGCCAGAGUUAAGAGCUGGUGACUUUCUUUGCUCUGAUGUACUCUGUACUCCAGGCUCAGUCGGGCUGCCUGUGUUUAAAUAACUCGUUGAACUUUUUGGGAGAAACUGCACCGUCAGCUAAUCGACCACGGCAGAUUCACCCAAAAAACAACCAUCAACUGCAAAAAUGUGAUAGUUUUCUCCUCUUGGUAACUCAUUAGCUAAAUAAAAAAAUACUUAUGUUUAGCGCUAA